GGCUCAGUCCCCAGUUUGAGUCAGAACUAGGGACCAUGCCGUUCCAGGCUCAAGGAUAAAACCAUCCGGCCCUAGUGCCAUCUAUAUUUCAUCUUCACUCUUUCCACCACCAACUGGGACUCAUCCCUGCUGGACACCACAGUUCUGAGAACAAGGGAACAGAAAGCCAUGCUCUCACAUAGUACCAUGGUGAAACAGAGGAAACAGCAAGCAUCAGCCAUCAUGAAGGAAAUUCACGGAAAUGAUGUUGAUGGCAUGGAUCUGGGCAAAAAAAUCAGCAUCCCCAGAGAUAUCAUGUUGGAAGAACUGUCGCAUCUCAGUAACCGUGGUGCCAGACUAUUCAAGAUGCGGCAAAGGAGAUCUGACAAGUACACCUUUGAGAACUUCCAGUACGAAUCGAAAGCACAAAUGAAUCACAGGAUUGCUAUGCAGAAUGAGAAGCUAGAUGGGAGCAACAUGGAAGGUGGUUCACAGCAAGCUCCAUUUACUCCUCCCAACACCCCUGAUCCUCGAAGCCCUCCAAAUCCAGACAACAUAGCACCAGGGUACUCUGGACCACUAAAGGAAAUUCCUCCAGAGAGGUUCAACACUACAGCCAAGUACUAUCAGUCUCCUUGGGAACAAGCUAUUAGUGAGAAUCCAGAGCUGUUAGAGGCUUUGUACCCUAAACUUUUCAUCCCAGAAGGCAAGAUGGACCUGCCUGACUACAGGAGCUUUAACAGGGUUGCCACCCCAUUUGGGGGUUUUGAAAAAGCAUCAAAAGUGGUCAAGUUCAAAGUUCCAGAUUUUGAGCUACUGCUUAUCACAGAUCCCAGGUUCAUGGCCUUUGCCAAUCCUCUGUUGGGCAGGCGGUCCUUUAACAGAACUCCUAAGGGAUGGUCGUCUGAGAAUAUUCCUCUCGUGAUAACAGCUGAGCCAACAGAUGAUGCCACCAUCCCAGAAUCAGAGGACUUAUGAGAAGAAAGUUUUAUGUAAUAGUCUCAGGACAGAAACAUUGCUUUUUUAUAGUUCUGCUUAUUGGCAAAGUCACUUACACUUUUUAGUACUGGCAAUAGUUUAAUAGCAAUCCUGAAAAAUUGUUGUGGCAUUUCAUUUUAAUCUCAGAUCAAACACUAAUAAUUCAAAAUCUUAUUUUAACAAGCAUUAAACUUCUUUUUCUCUGUU